GUUUUCAGUAGGUUUAUGGAAAAUAUGUCACAAUCCGGGGGAAGUCCUUUAAAUGGCAUUUACGACCGAAGAAACAACAUCUUGAAAAGUGAAAUAAUAAGUGCAACUCCUGUGGAUCUGAAAGAAAAUCGCCAGGAAGAUCAGAUAAAAGAUGCGGUCACUCAACACCCGGAAGUGGUAUAUAGAGCUCUUACUUCUAAAGAGACCCAACACUCUACCAUACUUUAUGUGAUCCUAUUUGCCGCGUAUUUAAUCGUGGACUACGGGGGUUUGAGUUGCAUACACAAAACAUAUCUGAAUCGUGCGGGCAUCCAGGAUAUGACAGCAUUUCCCAAGUAG